AAGCCUUGUUGUUCGUUAUUCAGCGAGAUGGCGGCUUGUAUGACUGAAUCCCGGAGUAUUUCUUCUCAAAAUGACUUUGUACCGAGCUGGGAGAAGCAAGAAGUCAGCACAGGGACCACCAUCAUGGCGGUGCAGUUUGACGGUGGCGUGGUGAUCGGUGCUGACUCUCGUACGACCACCGGAGCUUACAUUGCUAACAGAGUAACAGACAAGCUCACGCCCAUUCACGAGCGCAUCUUCUGCUGCCGCUCGGGAUCCGCGGCCGACACUCAGGCCAUCGCCGACGCAGUCAGCUACCAGCUCAGCUUCCACAGUAUCGAGCUGGACGAGCCCCCGCAGGUGCAGACGGCUGCUAAUCUGUUCAAGCACAUGUGCUACAGGUACAGAGAGGAACUGAUGGCCGGGAUCAUCGUCGCAGGCUGGGACAAGCGCCGAGGAGGACAGGUUUACACUGUACCCAUGGGCGGCAUGCUGGUCCGACAGCCCUUCUCCGUGGGCGGAUCCGGAAGCUCGUACAUCUACGGUUUCGUCGACUCCAACUACAAAAGCGGAAUGACCAAGGAGGAGUGCCUGCGCUUCACUGCCGAGGCUCUGAGUCUCGCCAUGGAACGUGACGGAUCCUCCGGGGGGGUGGUCAGACUGGCAGCCAUCACAGAGGCCGGCCUGGAGCGCAGCGUCAUCCUGGGAAACCAGCUGCCCAAAUUUUCCAGCGCCUAAACGUCCCGUAGACGUGUGGAAGGAGGAGAACCCGUCGCCGUUCCCGUCCUGCAGUUCCACAGUGCGUCGAAGCUGGAAGACUGAAAUCCAGACUGAGUUUGGUUAGAUUUGUGGUUUAUAAAUAAAGAACUUUGCUCGGAUCAUGA